AUGGAGAAGCGCGCUCUCUCGGCGGGUAUGGCAUUGGGCACAACCGCCUGCUCGGCGAUGCAGGGGCAUUUCCACGACAGUUCGCGUAAUGCGAACACUAGAACGGGUGGAGGACGUGGAGGCCAGCCGGGUAGCCGAGCAGGGAGCGCGGAAACCCGGGGGCCCAAGGCGCGGUCCUGGACGUUCGAGGCCAUCGCGACGGUGAGAUGUGGCCGCUCAAAGCGGCGGCGGCGGGCGAACGCUCCCACCCUUCCAGCAAUUGCGCGUUUGUUGCUGGAGCAAAAUGGGUCUUUUGCUCUUCCUGGGAGCUUGUGGAGGGGUCCUGGGGGGUGGGAGCAGAGAGGCCAAGAGUCACCGAUGGAGCGUAAAAUUGGAGAAGAGCGUCUGCCGGGUCUGGGCAUCCGUGCCAGGGCUCGCUGCACCCAAGAUCUCGAUUUGGGCCGAUUCAGUAUCGCGAUGUGCAGCUACCAAGGAGAUUGUGGUCCGCCAAUGAUGCAAGAAGUCGUCAAGUGUGGUGAAGAUCCAGGGGCAUGUCGAUGCGGCUCAAGAGCUCCGAAGCGAUCACCUUUUGUGUGCCUGUGUGGAUGA